UGCAGAUCUAAAACCGCCGGCGCAAGCCUGUCCGGGUAGCGUCAAGCGCUUCUCCUGCGGCCUUCCCAAGCCAGGCAGGCCAGAAGAUCUUCCAGCACAAUGUUCAAAAUCCUUGAGAGGUUUUGUUGAGCUAUUUCUUCAAGCUGACCAGUCUCAUGGUUAGGAGGACAAGGUGUGAUUCUCCCAACGUUUGUUGCGUGCUACCAACAUGGAUGGUAUGGAAGGCAUUGCGAGUGCUUUUGGUGGGAUGCCCUUCUUCUCCCCCUUCAUGAUGAUCAACCGGAGCGGGACGUGCGCCGCCAGCAGAAUCUUGCAGCUGCGCGAAAUGGGCGUCUACAGUUGCAUGGUGGAGGACAAGAUUGCCAAGGAAGCGCAGGCAGGCGAUCCAAAUUUCAAGCUGAGACUACAGUGCGUUAAGGCCGUCAAGCGCAGUUGCGACAACGACAACGAGCGUUGCUGUGUGCUUUGGCGCUGGCAAGUUUGUGAGGGAGCAGCAAAGCGGGAGAGCGACUAUGGGGAGCUGGUUUUUACUGAUACAACCACCACGCGAUUCCUGGUCAUUGAGACACACCGCCGCUGGCAUGAGAGCGCAUGGGAGCACUCAAGAGCGAUGGCCAAGCAACUCUUUUGCCUGCUGCGGUAUAUCGGGUAUGAUCCAGAGUACGUUCGCUAUGCUGUCUUCUGUGCGGACCGCCCGGAGAUGUGUGCGGCCUUGACCAAUGGAACGGAGUAUCCAAAGCCACUGGAGCCGGAGCACCCAGGCCCGACCAGCUUCGGCCAGAUUGACGUCAGCAACUGCACGCCAGCGCUGACGCCGUCCACCGUGAGCAAGGUCGACGUCAUCCUGUCGCGCAGCGCGUCCGUUCUGCGGUCUGCCGAGGCGUCCCGAGAGAGAAGCGGACUGACGAAGGAAGGGCUGCUCGAAGAGGUGGUGCUACGGAGCAAGGAGGGAGCGUCUGCCAAGGACAGGGCCGGCGACCCGAAGCUAGUGCAGUUCUGCGCCAACUGUGAGAGCACCGCGGAGGAGAAGCACGUGGAUAAGCUGCGGCGGUGUGGGCGCUGCUUCAUCCCGUACUACUGCGGCGUCGAGUGCCAGCGCGCGCACUACAAGCUGCACAAGCCGUACUGCAGGCAAGCCGCCGGGUAGACCGGCAGCCGGGAAGCAAGGACUCUUUCGGAAUAGUAAGAUCAUCAGCUUGGGACGAGUAGAUGGAUGGGUGGGUACGGGUGCGGAACAGGUUGUUCUAAUAGGUUAGGGUUUAUGUGUUUGGUUUUGAGCUUACUUUUUUGAAGCUUACUAUUCCUGAAGUGUCGCAACAUGUAGCCAAAGUCUUUGCGGAAACGAAGGUACGAGAUCAUGUAACAUCAAAUGGAGAAUGUUGUUUGUAGGUUAAAAGGAAAGGGGUAGAGGAGGUAGGUGCUUAUGCCGGCGCAUCAUGCGUGAUUCGGAGGCAGUCGGCGGCUUAAGCGAGUACUAUUACAAGAACAUCCGGAUGAGGCAUCUGCGGAUGAACAGUUAGGGCGUCGUGAUUGGAAGCGCUUGAUACAAUCAUGAACGAGAACCGGUACCGAAAGCGUGCAUGUGCUUCGAAAGUUGAAGAGGUGAUCAUAUUGGCUGUUGAACAAUCUGAGUCUACAAAGGUUUUGAAUGUUGUCUACAGCAGCUAGCCGGAACAGCAAUGCAGUGGUUCGUGCGUUAAGCUACACGAUCAGACACAUUGACCAGCGGAAGCAUGAAGCCUGGC